AAAUUGGUAGGAUAGAUAGAUAUUCCAAAUUGGUAGGAUAGAAAAAUUGAAAUAAGAGGUGUGUGAAAAUGCGAACGUGAUUAAUAUAUAAAGAGAUUAAUUUAGAGAGGAGACGUGUUCCAAAUCGCCAUCUUCUUCCCUCUCAUUUUAAACCACAUCGCCAUCUUCUUCCCUCUCAUUUUUAAGCCACAUCUUCCAUUCCAAGUUGUUAGCUAGAGAGGUGUGUGAAAAAUGGCGGAACAAGAGUAUACGGAGUGUUUGCUAGGGUUCAAGUACCAUGAGGGUUGUCCUGGAUGCGAGGUUGAUCAGAUGAAGAGGCUUCGCCGUGGCUAUCCUUUCUGGGAGCUUUUCUCCGUUUGGAUCAUCGUCCUCUGCAGUACUCUACCAAUUUCUUCUCUUUUCCCUUUCGUUUACUUUAUGAUUGAUGACUUUGACAUAGCAAAGAAGGAAGAAGACAUUGGUUUCUACGCUGGAUUUGUUGGUUGCUCUUUCAUGGUGGGGAGAGCGUUGACAUCUGUGAUAUGGGGACUUGUUGCUGAUCGUUAUGGUAGAAAACCUGUAAUCCUUAUUGGAACCGCUUCAGUGGUCGUUUUCAAUACUCUGUUUGGCCUAAGCUUAAAUUUCUGGAUGGCCGUUAUCACUAGGUUUUGUCUCGGUAGUUUCAACGGUUUAGUCGGUCCUAUCAAGGCAUACGCAGUAGAAACGUUCCGUGAUGAGUAUCAAGGUUUAGCACUCUCUGCAGUUAGUACAGCAUGGGGAAUUGGACUCAUCAUUGGCCCUGCUAUAGGAGGUUUUCUUGCUCAGCCUGCAACGCAAUAUCCAAGUUUAUUCUCACAGGACUCGAUUUUUGGCAAAUUCCCCUACUUUUUGCCAUGCUUUGUAAUAUCCUUUUUUGCGUUCUUGGUGACUAUAUUUUCGUUAUGGAUUCCGGAAACAUUGCACAAUCACAAGUUUGAUGAUGAUCAGUCUUUUGAUGCUGUCAAAGAUGAUCCUGAAUCUAAUAAAGUGGCAGAGAAAAAUGAAAAAAGUUCUCUCUUGAAAAACUGGCCGCUAAUGUCAUCUAUCAUCGUCUACUGCAUCUUUUCACUUCAUAAUAUGGCUUACUCAGAAAUCUUUUCGUUGUGGGCAAACAGCCCGAGGAAAUUUGGAGGUUUGGCAUAUACCACUGCAGAUGUUGGUUCUGUUCUUGCAAUCUCAGGCUUUGGUCUCCUUGUCUUUCAGCUUGCCCUCUACUCUUACGCGGAGAGGAAUUUAGGCCCGAUCAUAGUUACACGUAUAUGUGGGAUUCUGGCUUUGGUUGUCUUAUCAACUUACCCACUAAUAGCAAAGCUAUCUGGUGUCGCCCUUACCGUGGCAGUAAAUUCUGCAUCCGUAGCAAAGAAUGUUUUCAGCAGUUCUACUAUAACUGGAACGUUCAUCCUUCAAAACAGGGCUGUGAGACAAGACCAAAGAGGAGCAGCUAAUGGGAUUGCCAUGACAGCGAUGUCUAUUUGUAAAGCAAUAGGUCCAGCAGCAGCAGGAAUCAUUUUUUCUUGGAGCGAGAAACGUCAGGAUGCUUCUUUUCUCCCUGGCACCCAGAUGGUAUUCUUCAUACUGAAUGUGGUAUUGGCACUCGGAGUUCUUAUGACGUUCAAACCGUUUCUAGCUGAAACACAACAUUAAGAAGCAAAACGAACAGUUUGAUGGUAUACAAAUUACGUCGGAUUGUAUUUUGAUUGUAGAGUAUUGUAUUUGUCUGAUGCCAAAGUCAUACCAGAGAUCAUGUGUGUUUUAAGUUUAAUAAUAUGUCAUCAUCCUCUGUAUGUUUGUUUAUUGGACAAGUUGUUCACAAAAUCUUGUCUCUGUGAGAACAGUUGCAAUUAAGAAGGUAUUUAAAAA